AUGGAUUUGGUACCAUCAAGAUGUAAGAUUCACAUAACAUGGAUCGUUACAACGAUGAUGAUGAUGAUGAUGAUGAUGCAAAGAGGAGAAUCAAUGAGAUUAGAUAUGGAAUCAGGCAUCAACAAAUGUAUCUCCGAUGAUAUCAAAUCAAAUUACAUGACGGUUGGUACUUAUUCCAUAGUCAAUCCAAACGAAGGUCACCAGCUUCCACCAUCUCACAAACUCUUUGUCACUGUAACGUCUCCUAAAGGGAAAAGCCAUCAUCAUGCAGAGAACGUAGUGUCCGGGAAAUUCGUGUUUACGGCAGAUGAGACUGGGGAUUACAUGACUUGUUUUGUGGCUCCUGGUUAUAGACCAACCGCGAAAUUCGCGGUUGAUUUCGAGUGGAAAAGUGGCGUAGAAGCUAAAGAUUGGACCACUAUUGCCAAAAGAGGCCAAAUCAAUAUGUUGGAGGUAGAGGUGAGGAAACUACUUGACGUGACAGAAACUAUACAUGAAGAAAUGUUUCAGCUCCGAGAGAGAGAGCGUGAAAUGCAAGAAUUGAACCGAUCGACGAAUUCAAGAAUGGCGGUAAUGAGUGUAUUGUCGUUGGCUGUCACGAUGUCGGUUGCUGGUUUACAACUAUGGCAUCUCAAGUCGUUCUUGGAGAGGAAGAAGCUCCUAUGA